CUGGCUACCCGAGUUCGUAUUCCCUCUCACGGCCAACACCAGUGGCGAUUUUCUGAAUGGAUCCUGGGCUUCCCCAAGGUCAGCUCAGCCUUAAAUGAGUACCUGGUGUGAUGUGCAAAGAUCGCCACUGGGGAGACAAAAGCGGCUGGGCGUGGUGCUGGCCACGUGCCCACCCACCCACUCGUGUGCCGUGCCGGCCUUCAUAGGUGCUGCUCGCUAACAGCACUUGCCCCAACAGUCUUUAUGCCUAUACGGGUUGUCUUUGUAGUUUGUGCCUAAUGAGUGCUCACACUGGCUGGUCGAGGAGAUUAGAGAUUAUGGCGAGGCUAAAAGGGUAAAGAGGACCUUUUGAAAGAAGUGAUUUUUAGCCGCCACAGAAUUUGCAUGCGGUAACUAUUUGCAUAGAUGAGGAUGGAACGGAAACCAGGAAAUGCCACACAUAUAUAAACACACACACACAUAUAAACACACACACACAUAUAAACACACACACAUAGACGUGUAUGUAUUCACAUAUAUACCUGUAUGAAUACCUGUAUACAUAUAUACAAGCAUACGUAUACUAUACCUGCAAAUGUACACGAACACAUAUCAAGAUCCCCUAAUAGCCUUUAACAAACUUGUGGCAAGUGCUGUGAGUGAGCACCUGUGAAAGCUGGCACGGCGCAGGUUGGGGUAGGUGGCGAUGCAGCACCACUCCCGGCCGCCUUUGUCUCCCCCAUUUCUUAUUUACUCAUCGCAACAGGUACUUAUGUGAGGCUGAGUCGACCUAGGGGAGGUCCAGGACUGGUUUAGGCACAUACCUGUACACAUACCUAUAUUUGGAUGUACGUUAAUAUACAUAUUCCUGUAUGGAUACACAUCCUGUAUACACGUACACCUAUCAGAAUCAGAAUAUGUAUUUAUACUGGAGGAAUCUGAUGAGCUAUAACGCUCUUUAUACAUAUUACAACAGAGCAUACAUUAGGACAGGAAAUACGAGCAGAGAAAAAGAGGCCUACAGUCUCAUGGGGCGCUCACCGAGUGAAGCAAAUGUUAUACCCUCAUCACUGCUCCCAUCACAGCCUGUUUCAGCCUCACUGGAAGAGGCGGCUCAUGACUCCAGACUUGAACAAUCAACAAACUGCACCCCGGGUGUUUCAGUCUCACGUGGCACAUGCAGGUGUAUCAAAUAAUGACAGGAAACUUCUGGUCAUGAGGAUGAUGAUUGACGACAAUGAUGCCAGACCAGUUCUCCUGGGAAGCUACGUGGGCUGCACUUGCCAGUCUGGUGGAGAAGGCAAUGAUGAUGAAACCACUCGUCGAGGCAGAAAGCUCGCCCCCCCAUGGAGGACGAUGAGUCCAUCUACUCGAGCUCUGAGUCCGGCUUCGGCGAGCCUCGCUCGCCGCUGUCACCCGAAGAGUCGCGGGAUUUCAAUUCGCUCUAUCGCCGCAUCGUCGCCGACUGCCCUCGCCUGCGGCUGAUCGCGGGACAGACACGGGGGCAAGAGGGAAGCCUCGACACCGAGGACGGCGGUGACAUCAAACCCAGCGGGAGUGGACGCUGUACCCCCCAGCGCAAGGGCGAGUUGUCCCAGUGGGACCUUGGUGCUCGGAGGCCGUCGGUGGAGAGAAACCAAAACUGCGACAACGGGAGUAUCUGCCGUGGUCCAAGUGAGCAUGGGAGCGCCAGUCCCCCCAGCCGAGCCAUCCAUUGCUCAGCCAUGGCCAGACCCCCGUUGAUGGAAGCGUCCUGCUGCGAUUUUAUGCAGGAGAGAGCAGGCCGUGGGAAGGAGGUGGGAGCGGCGGGUGGGCACAUGCAGCACCGUCCAGCGGGGGGAAACUCCUGGGAUAAUGGCAUUGUCGGGCUGGGACAAAGGGCACCAUUCGAUCCGCUGGGUCUAGGGUUAGGCUACCUGGAGCCAGCCGCUCCGCUAAAAUCUGGCGACUUUGUGCCGCAGCAGGACUACGCAGCUCCACGGGGUUUCCUGCACCCGGGGGAGAAGGCGGAUGCUUUCGGAGCAGGGUUCACCAGCCGACCGGUGGCGCACGGCCCACCGGCGUACGCUGCACCGAAGUACGCGCACCCACACCACCACUACGGGUGGCCUUCAAGCAUCGCCGAUCGUUCCUGUGGUCACCAGCACCAAAAACAGCAGAACCAACAACAACAACAACCACUGCCACCACAAAUUGGGCACUGGCUACCGCCAUAUCCAGCAGUCUACCUUCCCGCUGAGAGCAGGGUAGCUCCACCGGCCCAGGUGUGCCCGAGUCGGAACUACCACCUGCAUGGGCCAAUGCUUCCCAAGGCUGGGCUGCAGCAGGGGUCCCAACCCUCAGCUGUGGGAGACCGGGAGCCGGAGAGCAGGAAGAGGGUAAGCGACGUGCCCGGUGAUGGGAGACUCCUCCCGUCGAGCUGGCAAGCGAGGAUCACGAGCCUCACGCCCGUCACCAUCCGCCGCUCCCACCUGCAUGAAUCCAUGUGUAAAGUGUUCAUCACCUACUCACUGGAUGCCGCGCCCCACGUUCUAAACCUCGCCAAGUUCCUCUGUGCCAAUGGCUUCAACACCAUGCUGGAUGUUUUUGCCGACCAGCUGAGAGGCAUUGACGUCAUCAAGUUCAUGGACACCUUCCUCUUGGACAAGGACUACAUGAUCAUCGUGGCCGUGAGUCCCGGCUACCGGAGGGACGUGGAGGGCUCAUUGGGAAGUCUGGACACUAACGACCACAGCCUGCACACACGCUAUAUCUUCAGACAGCUUCAGAACCAGUUCAUUCAGCAGGGCUGCCUCAACUUUCGAGUCCUCCCAGUGCUCAUGCCUCCAGCCUCCAGGGACGACGUGCCGUCGUGGCUGCAGAGCACGCUGUGCUUCCGCUGGCCGCGGGACUUGGAGGGCAUCCUCCUGCGCCUCAUGCGAGAGGAGAAGAUCGUGCCGCCCCCCGUGGGAGAGCUUCCCACCAUCACCAUGGUUCCCGUGUGACGCCGAGACCCGCGACAGCUAAAUAUUUAUCAUCAUCAUUAUCGCUCCAUAUAGAUAUCUACUGCACGUCCCGUGCAGUACAUCUACGUAUGUAUGUAUGUUGAACUUCUUUCGCACCGUACGUAGCCAACUGUGUUAAUCAGAGGUGUGGGGGAAGGACAAAAAACUAAACACAAAAAGCAGUUCUAAA